AUGGAAGUUGACGGACUGAGGAACCCCUACUGGCUUGUCGACGGCGACAUCUGGAACGACGAAGUGGAGAAUACGCCCUUGAUGCAAAGAGCAUGGGUCCUUCAAGAACGCUUCCUUGCCCCAAGAGUGCUGCAUUUCGGACAGCGACAAUUAGCUUGGGAAUGUAAUGAACUCACAGCGCUCGAGAUGUUUCCCGCGGGAGUGCCUUCUAUUCUUCUGCCUCAAUCCAAAUUCGACAUUCUAUCAGCACUCAUUGGAAGCCAAUCGCGAGGCGAGUAUGCGAAACAACAGUUCCGCGAAGCAUGGAACCAUGUUGUUGGCCAAUACUCCCGGUGCAAGCUGACCCAGAAAACGGAUAAGCUUGUAGCCUUCAGUGGUGUUGCCAAGAUGGUGGAAGCAUGUACGGGAAACGAAUAUAUCGCUGGGACUUGGAAAAACGCAUUGAUCUAUGAUCUUGGAUGGUACCGUACCGGUACCGACAGCGAAGAAUGGCCAUCAAUUACCACGUCCGACCGCGCUCCUAGUUGGUCGUGGAUGGCUGUCGAUGGAGAAAUAUUCUUCCCUCCUGCCUCGGACAAAGUGGUUGAACAUUUUGCGACAAUUCUGGCCUACCCAGUGUCCGAGAGAGUAGGUACUUCAGCUUUUCAAGCUAGGGGCGAAAUCGAGUUGGAAUGUGUGCCUCUGAUGCUGAGCUCCAUUGAGUGGGCAGGAGAUACAAUCUCCGAGUUCGAAGUAGCCGGUAUCCGUAUUACUGAUGAUAUCGACGAAAGUGGCUCUCAUUUGGACUUGGAAGGGUCCAAAGAAGAGGUGACAAGUUUAGUUCAAGAUAGAGGUGUCCUGAUGGUGCCACUCUUCGCCACUGAUUUGGCUCUUUUCGCUGUUAUGGUUUCUGAAGAAGGACUCUCUGGGAGUUACGUUCGUGUCGGCGCUGCAAAGAUUGAGUACGGGAAAACACUUGAUGCUUCACUGCAGGCGGAGAUACCUGAUGGCUGGGUGAUGAGUGGAUCGUCGUCGUGGAUUGUCAACAAAAACACAUCACAACUUCUCGAGUACCUGGCGAAAGCACGAAAAGAAACUCAACGGUCUAUCAGACUGAAUUGA